GGGAUGAGAAACACCCCUCAGGAGGAUGAUUGUUCACUGAAAACAAAAAAUGACAGGGCUGCUGCUGAUGUGUAUCAUCUAUUCCACGUUGGGGAGACAGAGAAACUGUUCAAUGAGGCAUUUCGUGAGCAUGCCACGACAUCCACAAACUGUAAGGGGGACCUGGUUAUGGAUAUAGAGCAUGAACAGCAGUGGGGCCUCAACUGGACAGAGAGACUGAAAUGUACCAACUGUGGCUACCUGUCUAAGCAUCAUAAGCUCUACAAAGAGGUAGAAGUAGCUGCGGCGAAGAAGGGACGUCGCUCCUCCACUGCUAACACUGGACUCCAGAUAGGCCUGUCGAAAUGUCCCAUGGGGAGUGAGAGUUUCCGUGUCCUCUGCAUGAGUGCAGAUAUUCCACCCCCCAUCCAGUUCAGGCAUGCAGAAAGCUGCAAACAGAGUUUGUGA